AUGGCUAAGUCUAAGAACCAUACCACCCACAACCAAUCAAGAAAAUGGGGGGCAGCUAGAAAAUGGCACAGAAAUGGCAUCAAGAAACCUAGGUCACAGAGAUACGAGUCUCUGAAAGGGGUUGACCCCAAGUUUCUGAAACACAUGCGCUUUGCCAAGAAACACAGCAAGAAGGGACUGAAAAAGAUGCAGGUCAACAAUGCCAAAGCCAUCAAGGCCCUGAGCACCAAGGCCUCCAAGGCCAAGCUCCUCAGGCACAAGAUGCCCAAGAUCUCCAAGGCCAAUGCCCAGUGUGCUGGCCUCAAGAUGGCCACCAAGUUUCCGGGCCCCAAGAUCAUUAAGCCUGACUCUAAGGUUGCCAGAACUACUGACCCAAAGGCCGACAAGCCUACUGACCCCAAGGUCACCAAGUCUGAUGCCAAGGUCAUUAAGUCCGGCCCCAAGGUCACAAAGUCUACCACCAAGGCAGCCAAGUCAGAUCCCAAGACAACUAAGUCUGAUCCCAAGGCAGCCAAGUCUAGUGAUUCUAAGGCUGCUAAGCCUGCUGAGUCCAAACCCAAAGAUGCUGGGGCUAAAGCUGCAAGUCCCAAGCCUUCAAAAUAG